UUUCAUAUUGUUAUUUGAACUGUCAUAUUCAUUGGAAACAGUGGUGGGGAAGAAGUACCCACUUGUUUUACUUGACUACAAGUAAAGAUACAUUUUAAUAGAAAAUGGUGAGUGAACAUCACCAGUACAAUACUAAAGUAUAACUAAUUUCAAAUUCCUCACUAAACACACGGCACCGUUUAACUUUUGUUCUUUACGGAUAGCCAGGGGCACUCGGGCUUCAUUUACAAGCAUGUCCAAAAUCUUUACAUCACAUUCAGACUUUGCUCGUCUUAAUAUUAUAUUUCUUAAAGGAAUUAAGAUGUGUGAAUUGUUUAGAUAUUACUGCACUGUUGGAGCUAGGAACACAUGUCGCUACCCACAAUAACAUCUGCUAAACAUGUGUAUGCGACUGAUUUGUGAGGCGUGAGUCUGCCUGAUCAGAGGGAGUAGGGAUGACCUUGUUCUCUUGGUGAUUUGUAGGAGCCAUGGCCCGUACCAAGCAGACAGCCCGUAAAUCUACUGGAGGCAAAGCCCCACGUAAGCAGCUGGCCACCAAAGCUGCCCGCAAGAGUGCCCCUUCUACUGGUGGGGUCAAGAAGCCCCAUCGUUACAGGCCUGGUACUGUGGCCCUGCGUGAGAUCCGUCGUUACCAGAAGUCCACUGAGCUGCUGAUCCGCAAGCUGCCCUUCCAGCGCCUGGUGAGAGAAAUCGCUCAGGACUUCAAGACUGACCUGCGUUUCCAGAGUGCAGCCAUUGGAGCCCUGCAGGAGGCCAGCGAGGCUUACCUGGUUGGUCUGUUUGAGGACACCAACCUGUGCGCCAUCCACGCCAAGCGUGUCACCAUCAUGCCCAAAGACAUCCAGCUGGCGCGUCGUAUCCGUGGGGAGCGUGCUUAGACGCCUACCUGAUUUACCUCUCCUCCCCUCACCAGUCUGCCCUCCCUUCCCCUCCCCUCCUCCACCUCUCCCUGCCCUCCUCCACCUCUCC